AUGGAAGAGAAACUUGUGAUCAACGAAUUAGAACAAGGGAAAGAGCUAGCGAAUCGAUUGAUGAUUAAUCUCAAACAAAAUUCUUCAACUGAUUCCAACAAAAUCUUGAUCUCUGAAAUCCUCCGUAUUUACCAAAAUGCCAUUUUCAUGUUGAGCUUCAACAACAACGACGACAAGAAGCGAAAAAGCUCUGAAAUCAACGACAAGGGUUCUAAAAAGAGGAAAACAACAUCGGAGAAGAAGACAGAGAAAGUUAAGGUUUAUGUUGGAACAGGACAAGAAAAGAAUUUACUCGAUGAUGGUUAUUGCUGGAGAAAAUAUGGACAAAAAGAGAUUCAUGGAUCCAAAAAUCCAAGAGGAUAUUUCAGAUGUACGCAUAGAUUCACACAAGAUUGUUUAGCCACUAAACAAGUCCAGAAAUCAGACACAGAUCCUUCGAUUUACGAAAUAAAGUAUCUCGGAGACCAUACUUGUAACAACAUCAAUACAUCUCCUACAACAACGAACUUCUCUGUUUCAAUGUUCGAACAAGGAGGAAACAAAGUAGUAGUAACAGAGGACAUUAAACCGACGACGACGAAAACCGAAGAUGUGAUUAUAAGUCUUGAAGAUUUAGAGAACAAGAAGGAAAUUUUCAGGACGUUUUCUUUCUCUAACUAUGAGAUUGAGAAUGUUGCGUGGAAAAACAACAUUUUCUCGGAAAAUCUUGUGGAGAAAUUUUCUCCUGCAACAUCAGGUUCUGGAAUUACGAACGAGGUUGUGUCUGUUCCUGCGAAUGUUGAGAAUUCAGAAACUGCAGAUUCGUAUUUCUCGAAUUUGGAUAAUAUUAUUGAAUUUGGACAGGAUUGGUUGUGGUCGUAG